AUGUUGUUGAACAUUUUACUAUUUCCUCUUCUUCUCGUACAAGCUCCUUCGCUUGAAGCUAAGGUAAGUAGCUAUAACUAAAUCAUCAGUUGUUUAUUCUUAGAAACUGCAAGGUAUAAAGGAAUGAGUAACUUUUUUAAAGAAGAAGGAUCUGGUUUGUCAACUUUUCAAUUCAAUGCCGUUGAAACAGUAACGGCAGAGAAAGGCUUUCGCGCCGUGAAAGCAAAUAAAUCUGUAACGGACGAAUUCAAAGUUGAGUCUUCGAGGAACACGUAAUUUUAAAGCUUGCAGUCUGAAAUAUUACUUGCUGCUGAUAAAUAUUGAGACGAUAAGCCGGGCUGUGUGUCAAGCAUUAUAUAAAAGCCCAGCACUUAUUUGAAAAUGCAUGAUAACUGCUUUUGAAGACAUUUAGACAUUUCGCGCCAAGAAAACACAGUUCAUUGAAGUUUGGUAUCUUUCUCAUAUGCAGCAAAAAUCAGUUCGUAGCUCGACCUUGAAGCAUUAAUUAGCAAGUGCCGUUUAAUACUCAUUGUUUUAAAAUAUUUAAGAAAAUUUUUGAUUCACUGAAAUUUUUACUUUUUUUGUUGUUUACACGGUUCAGUGAACCCGCUGUUGCGCUGUGCAAUGUGAGAGAGAAAACUAUAUUUUGAAAAAAACUGUCGUCAAGUUCCAUGUCGUGUCCGGUCCUGCUUUCAAAAAUGUGACGAAGAAUUUCUCAUCAUAAUCUCUUAACAAAUAAUUCUAAUUCCAGGAGACGUAAAACUUAACUUUGCAUGCAACACCAUAAACAACGUAUUAACAAGAAAAAUCAGAAUAUUAUUACAAAAAAGUAGCAUUCAAAUGUAUUCGGAAAAUUUGCUAGUCAAUAUACCUACAUAAAAAUUCAACUCUUUCCGACUUUUUAAAAUUUUUGCAUAAUUUGUCUUCUGUAUUAAGUACGCAAACACUCUGAAAAGCAGAAAUUCUCUGAAAGGAGUUGUAAUAAUAUGCGUGAGUUUCUUUCAGCCUUAGUUAUUGAUUUAUUACUUAGUUACUUAGAAAACGCAAAUCGUUGGAAAUGAUUCUGAUCUCACUUUGCUUGUUUUCCCUCUAAAACUGACGGCCCCUUCUUGUGGCUUUCACGCUUCACAAAAAAUGCGGAAAAAUCAGUGAUAUGGAAAUCCGACUAUGAGACACUGUAUCAGUUUUUUUAGCCGCUUUUAAAGUUGGUGCUUGAUUAGAUAAGUUCAAAGGGUGACGGCGAGGCGCACGAUUUGUCGAUCAGGGCAAGUUUGUCAGAUUGUUUUUUUCAGAAUAUUGCUUUACUCUUUCCCCUCAAGAACGUAUUCUAGUCAAUCGUUUCGGGUCACGUGGUCUGAGCAAGUUCGUCUUGGAAACUUGGAUACGUAAAUGCAUUGACCGAGAAGGCCUGGGAAGACGGGCAAAGUUGUACCCAUUUAUACAACCGGGUGGAGCAAAUGUAAUGUGGGUUCAUUAUUAGGAGGUUAGCAACCACGACGGCGACGGCUUGCUACGGAAACGUCACUUAAAAAGUCGCGCUGCUUCAAACUUUAUCGCGCUUAUUCCAUCUCGUCUAAUUUGCCAAAUGCUAGUAUUUUUUUUUUUGACGUUGAAUUCUAACGGACUGAGUCAAAAUUCUGGAAAAGAAAAAGAAAGUCGUUGUCUUGUGUUUAUAUCCCCCCAAAAAACGUGAAAUCAGGUAUUUUCACGUCGUAGUCGUGCAAUGGCGGCAAAGAAAUGUACAAAAAGCGUGAUGCACGUGCAGAGUUGUUGUGUUGCUAAUCUUAACCAACUGUUUUUUUGCCUUUCUCGUUGAUGUCGCCGUUCUAUUGUCAUAUGGACAAGCGACAGAAGUUUCUUGUUAAAUGGGGCUGAACACCAUGAUGUCAAGGUCUGAAUCCGCAAUAGACACUGUAACUUCCUGAAAGAAUUGAGAUUACAAAGACGUGGUUAAUGUCAAAAUAGCGAUUAACACUUUUUAAAAUCACUUUCUUUCUGCCACCGACAGGAAUUGAUAAAAAAAGCACUUUACACUUUUAACUGAUUAAUGUAUCAUCUAAAUAAAACCUAGUCUGUGAGCAAUCUUUUUCUUCUAUUUUUUUGUUGAAGUUAGGGCAAUCUCGUUUUUGUUUUCUCGUUUUUCUUCUCUCUUUGGACGACACCCUCGUUUCUCUCCUCUCAUGGCUCGUGGAUCGUCCCCAACGCAUCUCUAGAUCAAGUGCUCGUAUCUUCAAUGUCGAGAGUCCUUUGAACAGCGACUAUCGACUGUAAACCGCAGCAAAAGCGGCGUUUCUUACUGGUCUACUAACAACAACAACAGCAACAACAAACUUUAUUCAUAACCCGAUAAUAUUACAGAAGCAUUUCCCGCAGUUUGCAAGGCUAUUCGAGGCAGGACAAUGAGUGCAAAAAAUGAAAUUAAGACUUAAGGCUAACUAAGGAAAGUUUACAGUUUACAAAUAAAUGAAAUCAAAAUCGUAAUAUGGAUGACGACUAGAUAACACAGUAAAGAGGAAAGAAUAAACCAAAUAAAUUGUAAAUUUAGAAACUAAUAAGCAAGAAUCUAUUUUUCGACAUUUUUGGCUAAUUUUACCUUCUUUAAUUACGUGGGUGGAUCAAUAUAUUGUCAUAUUCUGAAUUGAAAAUAUCAAAAAGUAAUUUGCGGGUGUUUUGUUUUGUUUUGUUUUGUUUUUUUUUAAUCUAUUCUUAGGGAGAUGUCGGAUGUGAUGUAUACUGAAUCUCUUAAUGUAAGAUCUCUGUCAACCGCGAGCUUCUUGCCUGAAUAGGAAUGAACAAGGCAGGGCUUUAAGCUUUUCCCAUCCUCGCAGGCUACGAACGCCAACUCGUGUCAAAGAAUAGAAAGAAACACGCACGCAAACACGCACAAGCAAGUCGGCUUCCCACUUUCUGAUCUUUCUUUCACCUAUAGUACGGCUUUCUGAAAUGUUACAAAAAGGGAUAUCUGCUUAAACAACUUGUAUUAUGCAACAAAUAACGUGUAAUGAGAGCUUACACUUGACAACCACUGUGUAAACACGAGGCAGUUUGGUUCUGUCUUUUUCACAGACUUAAGUACACAAAAACACACGCAAAGAGACAGCUACGCAAAUUGCUCAUUACACGCCUCUGGAAAAAAAAGCGUUUUGUUACAACAAAAAGUUGAAAAAAGAGGCUCACAAAACGUAAACGUAUUUGCACGUGCGUACUUAGUGACGCACAAGUUUCUAGCGGCAAACAUCGGAUAUGCAUAUCUUUUUCAACUUUUUGGCUUCAAUAAAUCACUUGCAUUUUGUUUUCGAGUCUCGCUGGCGCUCCGUAUACUAGCUUUUUUUCAGCUUGGUUCACUUCUUUGUCGAAAAAUGAUCAAAUUCAACGAAGACGUAGGAAAAUAAUGAAAAAUCUCCAAAUAAAGGCCAUCUCCUCGAGAGACAAAAGUUUCAACAAAACGCAAACUGAAAUUAAAGUGACGAACAUAUCAAAAACUUAAGAAUAAAACGAAGUUGGAAUUUAUAUGCUAAAAGUGCUAUUCGUAUACAAAAAAUCGUGUUAUUAUCGGAGAGGUACUUUUAUAUAACUGUGAGCUUAAAAUCAUAAAAGCGGCAUCUUUUUUACCAUAUUCAGAAAGUAUUGUGUUCUUCUGAUUCUGGUCCGGCUACGCAAGAAACUUGUCGACUUCCACACAAGACAAUGUCACUGACAGCCCUAUCAUAGACAUACAUGGCAUACAUAAGUGUUUUUAACUUCUGCUCAAGAAAAUCCUGGAUGGUCGUGUACCGGAUUACCUCUCUGAGAAACUGUUCAGUCUUUGAAAUACCAUAAGUCUCAUGAUACAAGGUCUCGGUUCCCUUAUCGGCUUUCUAUUCCACGUAACAAUAGCAUGAAGCAGAUGUUCGUUUACAGUACAGUAAACUGUGGAACAAUGUCAGUGAAAAUGCUUUAGUCCGUUCUUCCAAUGUAAAGAAGUUCAAAAGAAAUUUCUUUGAUUCAGUCAUGUGUAAAUUUACGCCUGACAGUUUUAAAAUUGACUUUUUAAAACAACUUAAUAUUUUCUUAAAGUUUUUAUCCAUGAGUAAAUUCGAGUGAAUUCUGAUAUUGAAAUUAUCUAUUACUUUAGUAUUCUAGUUUUUUAGGAUUUUUUUGAAAGUUUAGUAGUUUCAUAGUGAGAUAGACUGUUCACAGUCCUCCAUUUUUCCGUAACAUCAUCGAGAUCGAGCCCUUUGUGUUACGGGAUGCCAUCUUGCAUGAGUGUCAAAACUACUUAGGGGGCGGCCCAGAGCUAUAAUCUCCGAUGCCCGCCCCCUCGGUACAUUUGAAAAUCAAGAUACCGGUGACGGUAAGACGCAGUAUAUCUAAACGAUCUCACGAAAAAAUAGGGGACUGUGAACAGUCUAUAAGUGUUAGUACAGUUGGUUGGUAAUUAUGCACCCUAUUGAAAUUUAAAUCUUCAUUCCUUUUCCUAUUUGUUAUGGACGUUUUAAUAAAGUUUUACUAUCACUGAAUUUCUAUCUGCCAUUGAUAUAAAGGUCCUUUUCAAGUAUUCGACUAAAAAAUGUAUGACACAGAUCAUUUUAAGUGCUUCUACUUCCCAAACAACCGUAAGACUUUCUGGGAUUCGAAUCGAAAACCAUAAACUUUAUCACAAGAUGCCAACUCUACUUUUCAAACAUCAAUAAAGCAACCUAACGAUAUAACCAAGGCCGGACUUGAUGCAGCUUACGUGCAAAUAAAAAGCACUUUUUCACAAAAACGAUUUAAAGUGGUCUGUUGUGAUUUUAAUAUUCACAAAAACGAUUUAAAGUGGUCUGUUGUGAUUUUAAUUUUCCUAAUGUAAAUGUCAGGAAUACAAUUUAUAAGCUAUUUUAUUCCAAUUCACGACAAGAACUAAUAUUUACCAUGCGAUAAAUUAUAUUGAUUAAUGAUAUGAAGGAGGUGUUCGGAAAGCGUCAAGUGUUUAACUGACGUAACGAUUAUUUCAGCCAAUAAGAUGCAUUCAGCAGUUUUGCGCAAGAGCUUAAAAGGCUGCUAGUUUUAAAUCAAGCUAACAUCAUUUAGUUAAUGCCCAACACGUAUUCAGUGCCGGGGGGAAAAUGGUUUCUUUAGCUAUUAUAAUAAUCUUUGCGGUCCAAGUUUCAAGUUCGUUUACAGAUUCAAAAGUAAGUACAGUUUUUUCUUUGGCGAUGACGCUGUAAAUAUCACCCCGAGCACUAUAUAUUACUUCCUUUGUUAAAUGAGUUCACCCCUAUCACUUGUAGUCACCGAGGGUCAGUAAUAAGUUAUUAAAACGCAGUUAAGCCAAUGUUCAUCGAAAGCGCAUUAUGCUAACUGGACAUUUUACCCCGGAUUCGUGUGAACAGUAUUUGGGAGACAGAUCAGAAAGAAACACUUAACUACUUAUAAUCCACUCAUAAACAGCUCAGACAUAGAGCGGCCCACUGAUUCUCCUAAAUCGCCGUCUAAGUUAUACUUCGUUUGCCUUCAAGCUUUCUUUCUGGUGAAAGCUGAAUAAACAUUUCGGAAUCAUUUAAAAGCGCCCGCACCCGACAAGAUUUAAAAAGAGGAUAAAAUAAGAUUUAAACAUGAGGAUUUCCAUUUGUCAAGUUGCUUAAACAUUUGUAUUGAGUGAGUCUCGCGGCUUAAAGGGAGCUUGGACUAUUUUUAAAUGGGAAACAGAUCACCAAACAUUUUAAAAGAACUAUAAGUCAUCAUCCAGCUUGGCAAAAUAUUGUUUUUUUUUACGAACGUAAAUUCUUCGUCCUACUGACUUUGUACGUAAUUUUAAUUUCAAGAGGUAAUCUGUAGGAAAGCCUAUAUGUUGUACUUCAUCCAACACAAUGGUCUUGCAUCCGGUUUUGGAGAAAAUAGCCAGCUAUAUUGUCUACAUUCUUUUAAUUAUUUAGUUCUUAGUAACAAAAAAAUUAGGGUUUCACUCAGUGCACUCACUCCGUAUUUUCCUGUCAGUUCUUGACUACUUUCUCUAGCAAAUUAAGGCGAGUUUGUAGAACAUGAAAUAUGCAUGUUCAUGAAUUUUAUCUUUCGCUAGGUAACAAAAAAAACGUCGUGACACUUUGAAAAAUGGAAGCACUUUACUCUUUAAUUAGUAAUUAUAAGUGACAUAAUCCUUCCCCCGAAUUAAUGUUUGCUAACCCAGCGCUCAAAACGGUUUAAACAAAAAAAAAAAGGUUCUAGGGAGAUCGAUGAGGCCUUUUCCCUGAACAACGUCUUCCAAGGCUUUCUCGGUCAUUGCAUUUCAUUGAGGUACUCGACGAUCCGAGACGAACAACGCUCGGACUAAGUGACCCCAAUCGCAUCUAGUAAAAUCCAACUAGUUAGUAAAAAAUAUCGAGAAUAAAAAAAAAAAUUAGCUAGUUAAAGCUAGACUUUAAUCCUUUUUUGCCGCUAAAAAGCCCGCGCUUUUCACUACUAGUGGAUUAUAAUAUAUAUAGCUCCUGCUAUAGCCCAGAAGUAGCUAAACCAAUCAGAACGUAGCAUUGAUAAUAGACCACUAGCUGGAUUUUAGUAAAGAAGGAUAGACAGAGAACAACCUCCAUGUUUUUUUAAGUAUCUUAAAUGACCCAAUCCAAAAAAAUACCUAAGCCUUAUUAGCCAUCUUUAUAAUGUAACGAGCCUGUGGUCUGCACAAACAUAACGAUCCGGGAGGAGGCUGCAAUCGGCGACAAAAUAGAUGAGACAUUGUACUCAGAUAGGGUAACUUCAGAGAACAAAAGAAUCCGCACCCCUCCCUUGCCCCCUCCAUUCAAAGUUGGGGUGUUCGUUGUUUUCUGUAGGUAGCUCGAACAUCGGCACAACACUGCAUGGAGGGGAUGGGGGAGGAAAAGCUAUAUUGCCUUCUUUUGAAGUCAGUAAAACGUAAAAAACCCAGUUUAGGGCGAAGUGUCUCAACUCAUUUUAUCGCCGAUUGUAGGCACUCCCUUAUCUGGCCAGGAAUAGCCUGUUCCAGACUCCAAGUUAGUAGUGUAGUCGUGUAGUAAAAAGAGAUGCGAAAAACGUGCUAGGGCUGUUGACGCACGUCUUAUUUUCGCGUCGCUUGUUUUAUUUUUGCGACGUCCUCGAUCCUGGCACAGGCUGGGCCCGGAUAGGUAUAUGCCGCUGAACAGGGAAUGACUUCCCAUUUCCUGAGUCUUUAGCAGGGCAUACAAUUUUACCCACUGGAACGCUUCAAAGUAACAGAACCCUCACAUCUUAAUUUCACUUUUGACAGGCCUAUCCACGAGGACUUAGAACGUUUCUUGAAAAAAUAGGAUUUCCGUUUGAAGAUGCAAAGUUUGACCCAGAGGCUGCUAUAUCUAUCCAACAACAAGACGAGUCAGUUCCUUUAAAGCCGGUGUUAAGUGAUGUUCCAGAGCAUUCAGGAGGUGUUAAUAUAUCAGUAGGUAAGAACUGCAUCAAUACACCCUUUUACGUUUUGAUAAAGAGCAGUUAGCGAAUAUCCAUUUAUACUGCUGGAAAGAGCGCCUUGAAUAGACCUUUUUACCGAUACGGCGGCCAUAUUGAAUUAAUUUGAUUUAAGGAGUAUUAUAGGAUGCCCAGGGGACAUGAGUACAUUUCGUUUCUAUUUUCGAGCGCUUUUCGGGACAUCUUUUCUUAAAAUUUUCUUAGAAUAAGAUUGUAAUGGGAAAAAAGAUCCUUGUGCCGUGUUUUGAUGUAAUAAUGAUCGCCUUUUUCUAGUUUAUUAUUAGAAAUAUGGUCAUUCACUUUAUAUUUCUCGGGAAAAAGGCGAUCAUUAUUAGAUCAAAACAAGGCACAAGGAUCUUUUUUCCCAUUACAAUCUUAUUGUAAGAAAACUUUACGAAAAAAUGUCCCGAAAAGCGCUCGAAAAUACAAACGAAAUGUGCUCAUGCCCCAUGGGCAUCCUAUAAUACUCCUUAAAUCAGAUUAAUUCAAUAUGGCCGCCGUAUCGUCAAAGCAAAUAAAAAGGUAAUACGUAAACAAGUAGCAAAGAUAUUGUUCCACAAAGUCGCAAAAUUUUACAGACGUUUGUACGGUUGUAUGGUGCAUAUGGAAGGGGACACCACUCGUGACUGCGCCCGUGGAUUGGUAAGUUCGGAGGCUAAACGUAUCCGGAUAUAGCACUCCUGUUGGAGUUAGCCUGCGAGCAAGCUUUCCAUUUGGGAAAGUCGCCAGAAGUCACGCGAGAGCAGCACGCGAAAAGAGACUCACGGCUAGCUUCGCUCCCCAUGCAUGGAGAGCUUGCUUGCAGACUCUGGGAAAGAGCGUUGAGUGACGAGACAAAAACGGUUGCGUUGAACCCGGGCCACAUUGGUGGGAGGCAAGUGCUCUCACCACUGCUCCACCCUUGAUCUGAUGACAGAUUCAUCGCUACUGUAAGUUUAUAUUCGACUAACUGUUAAUGACCAAUUUGAUUGAUUAACAGAUACGACCCCCCAAACGCUAGGGGAAACUCCUUGUCGCCCGAGGCCAGCUGCAAUCAAAGUUCCAAAGGAUCCACCAUACUUAAACCAUCCUUCCUUCAUCACCCUGCACCGAUGCAGUGGGGGAUGCCCCACCGCACAGAAUGAUCAUCAUUGUACUGUCAGUGCAAAGACCCAAAUUUCCGUCAAAGUGGUAAAGAUUCAAGGUACUUCUUUCUCCCAGACGAACGUCAUCAUGUACAAUCACACACACUGCUCUUGUGACUGUAUCAAGAGCUCAAGCGACUGCGACCCCGACAAACAUGAGUGGAAGGUCGGCUCGUGCUCCUGUGCAUGCAGUUCGAACUUAACUGCGUGCGCGUCAAAUCAGCGAAGGAACGCAGCUACCUGCGACUGCGAAUGUACUCAGACACCUUCUAGCUGCACUGGGUAUGGCAUGACAUGGGACUACACGAAAUGCGGAUGCAGCUGCUCGCAAUCUGUUAAAGACUAUUGUCAAAGGAAUAACCAGGGUAUUGAUCCUUCGACCUGCCAGUGUAUCCCCCGUGGCAUUCAAGCUCUGAUUUGA